CUUCAGCUCCAAAGCCCACGACGAAUCAGCAUAACAUGCGUCUAUCUCAAGUCCUCCUGGUGAUUGCGGCCGCUAUGCUCGCUGCUAGCGAUGCUCUAUCGGACUCUGAUGUGGCUUCUAUCUCCAAGGGGGCUUUGCCCAGUGGCCCAAGCCAGCGGCUGCUGAGGACCCACCACGCCUACGACACUACCGCUGAUACAGAAGAACGAGCUGCCCCUCUCGAGAGAAUCAAUUCGCUGGCUAAAAAAUUUGAUAUUGACCUUAAGAGAGCCAAGGAGCCUGGAUAUAUGGCGUCCAUAAAUGCGGACGUACUAGAAAGAUACCAGGCUGCACUCAGCAAGUUACACAAGAAGUUCAAGACGAAAAAGGCACCGCUGUACAGUGAAGAUCACUUCUAAGAUGGCUUUGCUGCCCAAGUAAGCCGGAGUGACUCUAGAACAAGCAACAUGUCGAUUCGUACUGAUUUAGAUUAGCACGUUUGUUUUCGUUAUACCUAAAAAUCAGCAUUUUCUUUCUUUUGCCGUUAUUGAAUA